AAGUACGGUUGUGUUUGAGAAAAGGUUACACACAUAUUCAUCUGCUUUAACGGUCGCUGGUUGUGUAGGUAGGUGCGCUUGGGCGCACUGAACCGUUAGAGCAAAAAGGACAAAGAAUGCAGAAGGGAGAAGAUGACUGUAUGUGGUGUAAGUGUGUACGCAGGUCGGAAAUAGAAGUAGGGGACGAGAAUGGUGUGCGUGUGCACGGGAGUUACGAGUCACACCAUAAGCGUACUCUAUGUUGUGUGUUGCUUAGUUGAUAGUUCAAUCAAUGGCUAGAUUUGUAUCGUACGUGAGUGUAGUAGCAUAAAUUUGUGCUGUUUCUUUACCUUCAAAACUAGGGCCCAAAUAGUCGCGGGUAUUGCUCAAGGAACAGUGAAUACGUAACGAAUAAUCGAUGGUUCAGAUUUACAAUUCAAAACUGAUUUAAUGUGCAAUGUACAUUGUGUGAAUUAUGUACACGUGAAGCGUGUUGAAAGUUAAUACAAAUAUUGAUUUUAAUAAACCUGCAAACGUUGAAGAUGCGGUGAGAAGCAUGGAUAUAUUUGGAUUGAAUACAAAUAACGGUGAUUCCAUUUGGAAACACAUGAAACAGCUUCUUCCAAACUGGUGACAGUGAACCGCCGCACGAUUGCCCUGGAAUAUCGUCGUUGUUCGGUGAAGAUUUGUUCGCAUUUGCGCCGUGUUCCCGGCGUGUUGUCCAACAGUGGUGGUAUCGCGUUCGUAACUGCUCCCACGUGCGCUUCCCUUUCGUGUCGACAGCGAAUGCUGUGUGCGUAUGUGUGCAUGUGGGUCUGUGUGUGCGUUCAGCAGGACUUCAGAGCAAGAGAGCUUUACCGCUAUCGAUUAUGUUCCAGUAUGCUCUGACACUGAUGGAGCUAAAACCGGUUCAUCAUACGGCGACCACCACGGACGGCUGUAGCUUUCGGAGCUCCAGCGAGACCCUAGGAUGGGACGAGCAUCCUGAGAAAGAAAUAUUGUUUUUUGACCAUCAAGAUCUGCCAUUCAGUCGACCGCAGCAGUGAUCGUGAACGUGCCGUGUUCAGAUGAGUGCCGAUGUAAAUGCGCAACUAUCAGUUCCCGAUCAUGACAGCCAUGAGUACAUGUGUGACAGUUGCAGUGCAGCCUACAGCCCUACGUGAAGCAAAGCACUGUGUUCAAUAUUUUGCAGGAACGGGAGUGCAAAUGUAUAGUUAAAUUAGACAGAAAAGUAGCAAUAGAACCCGGAAAAGAAAAAGCGAUGUACCACAGAAAAUUGCGUUAAUUAAAAAGGGGUAUAAAUUGCACCCGUAGUAUCGUUUACCAUUAGUACUUCACCAAGCAACGAUCGUAGUCUAACUCAUCGCACCAGAUAGCUAUAUAAUAUCGGGACUUAAAGUCCUGUGGAAUAAACGAAUACCGUUGUGCAAUAAAAGUUCACAAUUAAUUGCCUUUUGUGUAUUAAGCUUGAAUACAGGCAGCUUAACGUGUGUUCUAAUCAAGGGGAAGGGAUUUGAGUGAUGAUUAGUGAUCAGUGUGCAAGAACCUGUAUAGAUUUACUACUUGCACUAAUCGCAUAAAGUGGUACGUGAGCGUUGUGUAUAGUGUGUGAAUAUAUGACGGCGAGCGUACUCGCUAUUCUCUUUCGGGGACUACCACCUUAGUAUUUGUGGGUGCACGCACGCAUAUUGGCGCGGCGUGACCACAAAGCCACCGGCACCAACGUCUGUAUGGAUGCGGGAGGACUCCCAGUAUUUCCGGGUGCUAAUCAGGCCAGUCACCUGAACAGUCUUCACCUACAGCAACAACAGCAGCAGCAGGCUCAACAUCAUCAACUGACGCUGCAGCAGCAGCAACAGAUGCAACUGCUCAACAACCACAACCUUCAUCAACAGCAGCAGCAACAACAUCCGCAGCAGCUUCUGCAGCAGCAUCAACUUCAGCAGCAGCAGCAGCAGCAGCAGCAACAUCAACAACAACCAUUGCAGCAGCUUGGCCAGGGCGGCGAAGUUCCCCAGAAACGUCAGGCGGUGUUCGACAGACUGAAGCGACGCAUCGAAACCUACCGGCGGCGGCAAACCGAUUGCACGCCUCGGUUCGAGCAAACGUACAGUGGGAUCUGUGAGCAACAGAGCCUCGAAACCACCGCACUGCAAAAGAAGUAUCUUGAACAAAAAAAUAAACGCUCGUUAAAGAAGACAGAGAAGAAGCAGGCCGAACAACAGCAACUACAACAGCAACAGACACUAUCCGGAAAUCUGCAAAGCAGUGUUCAUGUGCAACAAAAAUUCCUCAAGCGGCCAGCUGACGAUAUCGAUUCCGCCUCCGAUUCGUAUGAGCCACCGGUGAAACUACAGCAUAACGGAUCCGAGAAUCUUACCAAAUUCUCCGUGGAAAUCGUUCAACAGCUGGAGUUCACGACGUCGGCCGCCAACUCGCAACCUCAGCAAAUCAGUACAAACGUUACUGUUAAAGCAUUAACCAAUGCGUCCGUUAAGAGCGAAGGAUCUACAGCAAAUGGUGGCUCGGGCGGAGGCAUUGGUGGAACCGGAGGCGGCAAUGGAAUGCCUGGUCAGCAACAACAACAGCAACCAAACAAUAAUCCGACGCCGUCCCCGCACAUGCAUGAUCUUGGCAACAUCGUGGAUUUUAAGCAAGAACCCGAAAAUGAAUUCGCGGAUCUUUCGGCAGCAUUGGAGAAGGAUGCGGCGGCCAAUGGUCACUUUCCGGGAUUAUCGGACUUCAUUGGGGAUGACACAAACGAUGAAAACGACACCUUCAAGGAUCUCAUAUCAGAUCUCUCGGACUUCCAGUCCGAUUUUCUCGAUUUCGAGGAAAAACCGCAACCACCGAUGCAGCCUCAAGGACAGCAGCAGCAACCAUCACACCAACAACAAUCGCAAAUGCAAUCGCAGCAGCAUCAACAGCAUCAACAACACCAGCAGCUCAUGCAGUCACAGCAAAGUCAGCAGCAUAUGCAGCAGCAUCAUCCACAACAACCACCACACCAUCCAUUGCAGCAUCAGCAGAUGCAUCAUCAGCAUAGUCAACAGCAACAACACCAACCGCAUCCUCCAGGAGCUCAGCAAAUGUUAUCAAAUCUACAGCAGCAGCAGCAGCAUCACCGUACACAUCCGCAACACCUUCAGCAACAUCUUCAACAACAGCAGAUCCAACAUCAUCAGCAGAUCGAGGUGAAGCAAGAGCAUUGUAUCAAACAGGAACACCCCAGUCCUGGCUUAUUAGAUAAUAUGGGUAUAAAGCGUGGUGGCCCGCUAACGCCACAGCAACAACAGCAACAUCAGCAGCAGCAGCAGCAGCAACAACAGCAGCAACAGUAUUCAAAUACAUUUGGUGAUGGGAUUGGUGGACCAGGCGUUGCGGCGGGAACUGGACCAAUGGCAAAACAGCGUCCUGGAUAUGGCAAUACUCAAAAUGGUCCCAUACCCGAACUCUCUCCCGCGGCCCAAACACUUAAACACAUGGCCGAGCAGCAUCAACAUAAGAACGCCAUGAACAUGGGUUUCCCUCGAAAUGGACCCCAAAUUCCACAAGGUCAACAGAGGCCUCCAUUCGCAGAGUUCAGUCAGUAUCCGGGCAACGAGUUUAUGAACUCGUCAGUUGGUAGUACAGGUAGCCCUGUAAGUGGCAAUAACCCUGUCGGACCAGGAUCGCUGCCGCUAGGCGGUGGUGUACCUGGUAGUGGUGCUGGUGCUGCUGGUCCGGGCCAGGGUCCAGGGUCUGUUGCUGGAGGCCAAUUUCACAAGGCGAACGUGCCGCCAUUCCCUGGUGCUGAUCUUAUAAAGCAAGAGUUGUUUGCAUCUCAGAAUGAUUUCGAUCUCAAACCCACGCUAAACCGUUUACAAUCGUCAAUGGGGCCAAACGGUCCUAAGAUUGGUCCAGUACCAGGCGGGUUCGUCAAAACACCCAACCAACAACAGCAACCACCGCCCCAACACCCACAGCAGCAACAGCAACAACAGCAAUCACAACAACAGCAGCAAUAUUCACCAUAUGGUUCGCCCGGAGGUAUACCAAACCACGGGGGAAGUCCCGUACCAGGAUUUAUGCCAGGUUCACGCGGUGCUGGCACUGGACCGGGCAUCGCAGCAAAUCAAGGACCAGCUGGUGGACCCAACGUUUCUGGAGCAGGUGGUCCCGGCGGCACGGGUGGAGGAGCUGGUAGUGGUGGUGGUGGUGGCGGUGGUGGAGGUGGUGGAGGUGGUGGAGGAGGAGGUGGUGGUGGCAACACUAACUCAGGUGGUCCUGGCGGUAAUGGCGGCGGAAUGCCACCUAGGGGCGGAGCCCCUAACGCAGGAUCGAUGCCGGGAGGACAGAAUUCAACAAUGCUUCAGAUGAAGCAAACGCAACAGCUGCACAUUAGUCAACAGGGCCCAGGGGGUCAUGGCAUUCAGGUGUCAGCCGGUCAGCAUUUACAUCUUAGUGGUGAUCUUAAAACGGGUGUUUCGGUAGCCGCACAACAAGGUGUUUUCUUCAGCCAACAACAAACUGGUCAACAACAGCAGCAACAACAGCAGCAGCAGCAGCAACAACAACAGCAGCAACAACAACAGCAGCAGCAACAGCAUCAGCAACACGCGCAACACCAACAGCAUCCACAACAUCCACAACAUCAGCAACAUCAACCACAUCAACAGCACCAGCAGCAGCAGCACGGUCAACAUCCACAGCAUCAGCAGCAUCAUUCACAGCAUCAGCAGCAGCAGCAUCAGCAACAUCAACAUCAGCCGCAUCAGCAGCACCAUGGACAGCAGACGACUGGGCCAAAGCAGCAAACACAGCAAGGCAAGCAAACCGGCCCCGGUAUGGGUAACUUACCUGGCGGAAUGGUCGGUGGACAGGGAGGUGUUGGCAAUGUGGGCAAUAACGUUGGACCCCAGAACACGAUACCAAACGUUCCAGGGCAGGGUAUAAAUACUGGAAAUGUCGGUGGCAAUGCUUCUAAUCAGAACCAUCCUCAGAACCAAGUGCCCAAUUCACAAGGAUCAUCCAUUGUUAACGAGGCACAGUAUACGGUAUCACAAUCCCAAACGAUCAACUUUACGCAACAAACGUUACGAGCCCGACAGCAGCAGCAGCACCAGGUUAAUGGAAAUGUGGGUAUGGCAAAUGGCGCUGGUCCGCAACAUCAACAGCAGCAACCCGGAAUGGGAGGACCAGCACAGAACCAACCUCAGCAGCAACAACAGCAGCAGCCAACACAUGCGGGUGGACCACCAGGCGGGCAAGGGCUUGGCGGCAAUGGUCCAGGAGGUGCUACUGGCCCCGGUAUUGGACCGGGCGGUGGAACAGUACCACCUGGUAUGGUUGGUGGUAUGGUUGGUUCGGGUGGCAUGGGAGGUCCUGGCGGUCCGGGUAAUGGCGGUGUUGGAAUGGGACCCAACGUUCCCAUGGGAAUGGGUGGUAUGGGCGGUCCGAAUGGAGGUGGCAUCAGUGGGCUGAAUACGAUGGUGUCAAACUCGAUGGCCCCUGGUGCUGGUAACGGUACGGGUGUUGUGAAUGGCGCAGGCAUGGGCGGUGCUAAUGGCGGCAUGAUACAUGCUGCCGGUGGUGGUGCUAGUGGCCCGGCCGGAGCAAUGCGACACGCGGAGCAGAUGAAAUUUUUGCAACAACAGCAGCAGCAGCAGCAGCAAAUGAUACGCGCCCAAGCCAUGCAACAGCAGAUGGUGGCCGGUGCUCGACCACCUCCACCAGACUAUAAAGCGGCACAGCAGGCGAACCCAGCAGCAGCAGCGGCAGCAGCGGCCAUGAUGCAGCAGCAACAGGCACAGCAGCAACAAAUGCUACACGCUGGUGGCCGUUUUCCAGCUAUGCGAAGAAUCACGCAGCAGCCGAUUCCCCCUAGUGGACCCAUGAUGCGAGCCCAACAUGCAGCUUACAUGCAACAGCAGCAGCAGAUGGCUGGUCACAGUGGCCCUAGAGGACCGGCGGGCAUGGUAGGAGGGUUCGGUGGAGGUGCUGGACCCAACGUUGGAGUUGUUCCUGGUGCCGGCGGUGCUGGUGGAGGUGCUGCUGGUGGUGGUGGUGGUGGUGCAGGAACGGUAACCGGAUCGGUUAUGAAUGGGCCGGUACAGCGGCCUCCAAAUGUGCAGGUGGGACCAGAAGGUAUGCCUAUUGGGUCGCAGCAAGCAGAAUGGCGGCAUAUGAUGGCCAUGCAACAGCAGCAAGUCAAUUUUGGUGCCACAAGUGGUGGAAGUAUGCGUCCAGGAUUUGGUGGUCCAGCCAGUGGUCCAGUUGGAGGGCCAAAUGGUCCCGUAUCACGAUUGGAUUCAUCUGUCGGACCAGUCGGGCCGAAUGGGCCGGGUGGACCUGCUAGUUCAAUUGCGGCUGGUGGUGUGGCUGGAGCUGCUGGUGGUGGAGGAGGUAAUGCUACUGGUCCAGGUAUGGGACCAAGUGGACCAAACAGUGGACCCGGUGGACCGGCCAGUGGUAACAGCAUGACGGCGAUGCAAAUGCAAAUGCUAAGGCAGCAAAAUCUCGCAAUGUACCAAGGGCAAGCCAACAACAGUGGUGGAGCGAUGAACCAAAUGCAAAUGCUCCAGCAACACCAACAGCUGCAGCAGCAAAACAUGAUGAAUCAAAUGCAGAUGAGUCAAAUACACAUGUCUCAGACGCAAACCAUGUCCAUACAGCAGCAGCAACAAAAUCAACAAUCUGUGAUGAAUACUUUUACAACGCAAUCUACGCAACAGUCCACCACAACGACGAUGAUUGGCGGAGGGAGCAGUACUGGUUCAAUCGGUGGUGGCCCGGGAGUAGGACCAAACGUGAACGGUAAUAUGAAUCCUGGCAAUAUGCUGACUGGUCCCGGCCCAUCAUCCGCCGGUCCGAAUAGCAAUAAUGGAGGAGGGAACAACAGUAACAGCGGUAGCAACAAUAGCAACAACAACAACAGUGGCAGCGGCAACAUGAACAACAACGGCCCUGGUCCCGGUAAUAACAAUAGCAGCAACAACAACAAUUCAUCCGAGUUCCUAGCGUUCCUGGAGAACCUGCCUGUGGGAGAUCCUAACCAGUUCAAUGCGCAGGACCUGCUUAACUCACUGGACAAUGAUAGUUUUAAUCUUCAGGACAUUCUUUAAACACUGACCAGAGAGAUGAUGAGACGCUGGUGACAAGUGUGGUGCAGAACAGUCAUUCGUGAAACAUAUGCAUGCAGCCAUACAUGAUGCAGGAUGCACUACAUACAUGCACUCUGUUGCAGUGUGCAGUGCUGCUGAUACAAUGCCACAAAACCCAAAGUUACUCCUGCAGUAGUUGCAACUGCUCCUGGUUGUUGUAUUCACUUAUUACAAAGAAACGAAUAUGUCAUUACGUGUAGUAAAAUACGGUAAAAAGUAACUAAAGAUAAAAGACAAAUCAAAAUGUAACAAACCCUACUAUAUGGUGGAGGCUUAAGCAAAGAGAAGAAACGUGUCCACCGUUGCUUUUGCGGAAGCGCAAACACAAACCCGCAAACAGGCAACAUGUGUUGCAGUGUAUAUAGUUACAUGCCCUUUAAACUCUACCGAACGUAAUUGUGUUGAAAAGUCUUGCAAUUACAGCGACGGUACACGCCAAUUCGACACUUUUGCUGCAAAAGUGUUGGACGUGCUGCCAUUAUAAAAAAAUAAAACGACAAGAAACAAACAUUGCAGAGUAGUAAUAAUUUGCUGCACAUAAACUCAUAAUCCAUUUGUGACGAAUAACAUACGUUAGUUUUCGGUGCUCUCUCUCUCUCUUUCUAUCAUUUUUAGCGCUUCUAUCGGUGGGCGAUGUGAGCGAAUAAUGUUGAAAGCAAACCAUUUUGCCACUAUCUGCUUCUUCUUAUUGGCCGGUAGUGAAACUUCACGUUAAACGUAGAACAACAACUGCACGAUAUUUGGCAGUUUACAAUAACGUAGCUGAAAAUAGGAUAAGCUGCAGCUGAUGCAGGCAACAAAACACUACUAUGUUAAACAGACUCAAUGGACGAGGGGGGGUCCAAAGCGAUUGACAAACAUUCCUCACUCGAGUACGGUUCGUCCUUUUCUAUACUAACACUGCAUAAACAGUAUGCAGUAUUGGUGCAUAUACUCACAGAUCCUUACACGCAUAAAUGCAGUACGAUUUGACGCAGAGGUUAAGUUAUUCUUCAUCUCGAUAGAAAUAUAUAAGUGAAAAUGCGCGGCGGAGCCUGCAGUUCAUGCCUCGAUUCAUACGUUGCCCAUAGAUGAGUUAGAUUGCUGCAACGGAAAGGGGAGGGUUUCGUCCUUUUUUAAAUGAUGGUUUUUUUUAAUAUGAUGUCUCGAGUAUAUAUUUAUCUCUACGUCUCCAAAUGCAAUCGAUACCGGUUAGGGCUAAUUUAGCAAUACAAUUUGCAAAAAGGUUAAGUGUCUCAUUGUGUUUAGCGGUUUAGCGAAUAGAAAAUAUUUGACACUUGCUUUUCUUGCAAAGAAAACGACAAAAAACUCAGCAUUGACCGAUUUUGUAAGUAUGUGGUAGUGUCGGACGCAUUCGAUGUUAGAUUUAAUUCUGCCCUGUAUUAUACAAUUUUGUACAGUAAAGAUUCACAAUUCGUUUUAUCUAUUUAAAGACAAAGAUAGGUUUGACCAAUUAUUUAAUUUUUUUUUAAAUAUCGUGUGUGUAUUAGAGAAUGCGGGAUUGAAGCAGCGCGCAUGCAGCUGCUUAACUAUAAAGAGAUAAGUGACAUGGGUAGCGUUAGUAGAAAGAACAUUCUAAAGAAUAAUCUCUACCUACCACAUACAUUGCAUUAAGAUCAUGAAACAAAACGAUUAAUCGGAAGUAUAAGUACACUUAAGUGUAUUAUAGCAAAACAUUAUGUAUACAAAGCAAAACGUAAGUAGUCGUCACCAUGCAAGUGAAGCGCACCGGGGUGAACUAUGUAAUCAAAUCAACUUGUAACCAAAUCAAAUUUUAUAGAGGAAAAAAGAAAUCAACUAUCACCAAAUAAGAUAAUGCUCUUCUUCACGAUGGUUUCUAGGUUUUUUUUUCUCUUUUGCCAUUCUAGUGACACUUUCGUUCCAAUGCACCAUCAUUUUAUGCAAAACAUUUGUUUAGUGAACGCUUUGGAACGAUAGAAUGGUUUAGAUGGAACUACAACCACAAACCUUAAGCAGGUCCAAUCUUGUCAAUUAACAAUUUACGCACCACCAGAACGUAGUAAGAAUGCUCUAUUUGUUUUUACCUACAUUAGCUUUGUACUGAAUAUUUACUUUUAGACAAACAAGAAAAAAACACUUAAAUUCAUUUACACAAUCCAUCUACGUAAAAAUAGUUCCUUUUUAAAAAGCACGAAUGAUACGGAACAACAGGAGGACACCAUCAACCAAUGAUACAAGCUAGUGUUUUUCAUUCCAAUUAUUAACUUCAAACACUUACACAAUUAACUCAUCACGAAUGGCCAAUUGAACAAAAUAUGCAACAUGUAAGGAAAACGUAUGCACAACAACGUGAAAUGAUUGGAAAUAAUUCUGACAUGAAAGUAGCGAAACAAAAGGCGAAAAAGUGAAUGUGCAGGAAGGAAAGAUUUUACAUAAGGUUCUGCGAAAACUUGAAUUGCUAAAAUAUGCACACAUGCAUGGCCAUUGAUACAAUACAAUGAACAAACCACAGAAGAAGAACGAGCAACCGUUUUAGACGGUUUUGAAAUAGAAACUAUAAUAGAAAAUGUAAUUUUAUAUAAAAAAAGUAGCCAAACUGUUACUAUCAUCUUGUAUCACUCUUCUUUUGAACUGCGUUCUGGAAGUCGGAAUUUUUCAUUUACCCUCACACACCCUCUCUCUCUCUUCCUCUCUCUCUCUCUAUGUAAUCUUGUUCUUACCACACGUAAAAUGAUACCACAACACCACAGUUACAGUGUACCACUAUGCACGAAAUGCAAAUGCUAAGAUAAAAAUGUGAUUUUUUCUGUUAAAUUAUUUCGGCCAAGCCAUGGGUAUUUGCGUAAAAUCGUAUGAAACGGUGUAUGGUGUGUACGGUCGUUUGCGCCAAAAGAUACAUUCACCAACAUAUUUUUAUCUUUUCUGCACGUAACAUUGUUUUAAUGUACACAGUAGAAAAGAUCAAAUCGUCGGAUCGCUGUAGGGGGGAGAGGAGAGCAUAUUGUGAUGUAAAUAUUGAUUUCUGGUGGGAAUUGGUCAUACCGUUCUGUUGAAAGCACCACAAGCUCGAUGGGGGGGCUGUCCUUUUCAAAGAAGGUCGCAAAGGAGGAUUUCUGUGAAAAAGUAUUUUCGAGAGCCUUUGAAUUAAUGGACUUUAUAGAUUGUAAAGGAAUUAAUUACUUACUAGCAUUAAAAAGGCAUUCGUUUUUUUUUGUUUAUUUUAGUAAUUUUUAACUAUAAAAAUUCAAAAUAUGAAAUCGUAUCGAGCCAUGAUUGGAACGUGUAACAUUUUUAAGGUAUUAUUUUACUACAUCAUGUACUUUUAUUGAGAAUUAUUAUAUGAUAAUUAAAGCCACACACACACGCGCAUUGAUACAUGGAGCAAUCAAGCGUUGAACGAACUCUUAUUGACAAGUAUGCAAAAACACCAUACCUAAAUGCAGUUUGCAGGAACAAGCUUGAUCGAAAUUGGCAUUUCACUAGAUGAAGUUACUUGUUGAUGCCAGAAGCUACAUCCCAGGCGAAACAUAUACGCAAGAGAAUAAAAGAGACAUAAGAGAAAAAUGGUCAAAAACAAAAGAUUAAUUGAAAUAUAGAUAAUUAAAUUGAA